AUGUGUGAGUUACACCUUCAUACGAGCAAGAAGUCAGACUUCUGCCCUCGGGUGUUCAGAGGUCUUUACCCUUCCAAGCUACUGCAUCCCGUUUCCAUGGUCUGCUAUGUAUUUGUACUGGUCUCACUUUUAAUCACCACAGCUGCACAUUUUCAUGGCGGUGGUAGAAGAAAUACAGCCAAUGAAAUGCAUGGCUAUCUGCAUCGAGGUACUCGCGGUAGAUAUGAUUAUCCAUAUGGAGGUGCUGCCGUUGCCGGUAAUGGAUUUAGAUAUGGCUAUGUAUGCAAAGAUCAUGGUGAUGUUUCUUCAGACAGUACUGAAACUGUAGAAGAUUUAGGUGAAUAUGGUUAUCCACUUAGAGAUUCUCAUGGUGUUGCUGGUGCUGGUGUAGCUGCUAUUAGUAGUGGUUUAUAUGGUUAUCCAUAUGGAGGUACUACCUUUGGCGGAUAUGGUUAUCCCUAUGGUGGUGGUGGUGCUGCUGCCGGUGGUGGACGUGGAUAUGGAGGUACUCAUGGUGCUUUUAUAGGAGGUACUGCCGCUACCGGCGGGAGAAGUCUAUAUGGAGGUUCUUAUGGCGCUGCUGUAGGAGGUGCGGGAGCUGACACUGGCGGAGGUGUAUAUGGUUAUCCAUACGGAGAAAUUAGUCCUGCUGCUGCAGCCGGUGGUGGAGACAGAUAUGGUUAUUCAUAUGGAACUCCUGGUGGUGCUACUGCAGGCAGUAGUGGAAGUGGAUAUGCUUAUCCGUACGGAGGUGCUUUUGGUGUUGCAGUUGCAGGAGGUGGAAGUAGUGCAGCAGGGACAGCAGCUGCCGAUGGUAGAAGAGAAUAUGGAUAUCCAUAUGGAGCUGUCGGAAGUGGAAGUAGUGCAGCUGCUGCAGGUAGAAGAGGGGGAUAUAUAUAUCCAUAUGGAGAUGAUGGCGGUGUUUCUGCAGCCGGUGCAGCAGCUGCUGGUGGUGGAAGAAGAUAUGGAUAUCCAUAUGGAGGUGCUGGUAUUGCUACUGCAACUGGUGCAGAAGCUGAAGAUGGAGGAAGAGGAUAUAUAUAUCCAUAUGGAGGUACUGGCGGGGCUUCUGCAGCCGAUGCAGCUGCCGCAGGAGCAAAUAUUGUAACCGGUGGUGGAGGAGGUUAUGGAUAUCCGUAUGAAGGUGCUGGUAUUGCUGCAGCAGCUGGUUCAGCAGCUGGAGGAGGAGGAAGUAGUGCAGCCGGUGCUGCAGCUGCCGGAGGUGGAAGUAGUGCAGCUGGUGCUGCAGUUGCAGGUGAAGGAGGCUAUAUACAUCCAUAUGGAGGGGCUGGCGGUACUUCUGCAGCCGGUGCAGCAGCCGCCGGAGGUGGAAGCAGUGCAGCUGGUGCAGCAGCUGCCGGUGGUGGAAGUAGUGCAGGUGUUACGGCAGCUGCAGGUGGAGAAGGAGGAUAUAUAUAUCCAUAUGGAGGUGCUGGUGGUACUUCUGCCGCCGGUGGUGGAAGUAGUGCAAUUGGUACGGCAGCUGUAGGUGGAGAAGGAGGAUAUAUAUAUCCAUAUGGAGGUGCUGGCGGUGCUUCUGCAGCCGGUUCAGCAGCUGCCGGAGGAGCAAAUAUUGUAACUGGUGGUGAAGGAGGUUAUGUAUAUCCAUAUGGAGGUGCUGGUGGUGCAGCAGCUGCCGAAAGUGGAAGUAGUGUAGCCGGCGCAGCAGCUGCCGGAGGUGGAAGUAGUGCAGCCGGGACAGCAGCUGCAGGUGGUGGAAGUAGUGCAAUUGGUACGGCAGCUGUAGGUGGAGAAGGAGGAUAUAUAUAUCCAUAUGGAGGUGCUGGCGGUGCUUCUGCAGCCGGUUCAGCAGCUGCCGGAGGAGCAAAUAUUGUAACUAGUGGUGAAGGAGGUUAUGGAUAUCCAUAUGGAGGUGCUGGUGGUGCAGCAGCUGCCGAAAGUGGAAGUAGUGCAGCCGGUGCAGCAGCUGCCGGAGGUGGAAAUAGUGCAGCCGGGACAGCAGCUGCAGGUGGUGGAGGAGGAUAUAUAUAUCCAUAUGGAGGUGCUGGCGGUGCUUCUGCUGCCGGUGCAGCAGCUGCCGGAGGAGCAAAUAUUGUAACUGGUGGUGAAGGAGGUUAUGGAUAUCCAUAUGGAGGUGCUGGUGGUGCAGCAGCUGCCGAAAGUGGAAGUAGUGUAGCCGGUGCAGCAGCUGCCGGAGGUGGAAGUAGCUCAGCCGGUGCAGCAGCAACUGGAGGUGGAAAUAUUGCAACCGGUGCAGCAGCUGCCGGUGGUGGAGGAGGAUAUGGAAAUUCAUAUGGUGGUGAUGGUGGUUCUGCUGCAACCGGUGCAGCAUCUGCCAGUGGUGGCAGAAGAUAUGGUUAUCGGUAUGGGGAUGAUGCUGGUGCUUCAUCUGUUGGAGAUGGAAUUGUUGGAGCUGGAGGAGGACGACAUGCUCAUCCACAUGUAGGUGCUGGUGGUGCUGCAACUGCUGGGGGUGGUUCUAGUGCAGUUGGGACAGCAGCAGCUGAUGGUAUAGGAUAUGGCAGUGGUUCAGCAGCAGGCUCAGCAGGAGGUAGUGGUUACUAUGGCGGAGGACGAUGA